CUGUUUCCUGUAAUUUCAACAACGUGAAGAAAUCUGGUCACACACAUACUGAACAAAAUGCAACGGUUAUGAUAAGACGUUUAGCUUCCAGAUUGCGUUCUUAUAUUUCAAAAAUCAUGAGUGAAGUCACCCCUGAAUCGAGUCUGAAAAGGAAAGCAGACAAUGAACAAGAAACUUCAUCAAAAAAUACCAAAAACAUUAAAAAGGAACAAGUUCCACAAAUGAAAGGAAAUCCAAAUGUAAAGAGAAAAGUUGCAGUUUUGAUUGCCUAUAAUGGCAAGGGAUACCAUGGCAUUCAAAGAAACCCACCGUUCCCCUCAAUAGAAGAAGAAAUAUUGAAAGCUCUCUUAGAAGUGAAGGCAAUAACACAAGAACAGUACGAUAAACCCAGCUUAGUGAGUUUCCAGAGGGCAGCCAGGACAGACAAACAUGUCUCCGCAGCAAGUAACAUACUCUCAUUGAAGAUGGUGACAAACGUAGAGAACUUUUUGGACAACGUGAACGGGAUAUUGCCUAAUCAGAUCAGAAUGCUGGGGUUCAAGAGGACAACAAAGGGGUUUGAUUGCAAGACACAAUGCACUGGCCGCACAUACAUGUAUGUUCUACCCACGUACGCUCUUGCUCCUGUGGAAAUGACAGUGACAGACAAUUAUCGAGUAACAGAUGAAGUUCUCACUAGAGUCAAUGAAAUUCUUCAGCUGUAUGUUGGUACCCACAACUUUCACAAUUUCACUUCAGGCAUAAAACCAACAGAGAGAAGGGCCUACAGAUACAUUAUUAAGUUUGAGUGUGGGAAGCCAUUUGUGCGGGAAGGUUUAGAGUUCGUGACCUGCAAGGUCAGGGGUCAGAGUUUCAUGCUGCAUCACAUAAGGAAAAUGAUAGGUUUAAUGAUUGCCGUAGUGAAGGGCUACUGUAAAGAAGAUUCUAUUGAGUUGUCAUGGGAGUCAGAAAAGGUAGAUGUCCCAAAGGCCCCAGGACUAGGUUUACUGCUCGAUGAGCUCUACUUUGAUGGUUAUAAUAAAAAAUGGGGCAGAGAUGGUCUACAUGAACCAAUAGAAUGGUCAGAAUUUGAGGAAGAGCUAGAAAAAUUCAGAGAGGAAUAUAUAUUGCCAGAAAUUUACAAGGGAGAGAAAAAUGAGAGAGUAAUGUGGGACUGGCUGAAAACCUUGCACAUGCACUCAUUUGAUGUGGAGAGCAAGAACAGAAGAAGAAACAAAUAUUCGAUUCCAGGCUCAGAGGAAAGCACGCGGGAUGUGAACGAGGAGUCCCAAAACACUAACCUCGACCUCACAGAUGGGGAUACCGGAGGUGAGGUCAUAACUAAAAAUAGAACGGAAGUUGAGGCGAAUCCCCAGACUGUGCUUUCUCAUCCGAAGGAAGAUGGAGAGGUUAAAAAACAAGACUUUACAAAAUCAGAUGAAGUCUUAAAGGGAGAAUGCGAAAUAGGUCACAAAGAUCUAGAAGUGGGUGAAGGUCAAGAGGGUGAUGGUCAAGAUAAAAUUAACUCUGUGGGCUCCCAAAGUCUAUGACAAAUCAGAAUGUUGCAAUUACGGAGGAGGGAAAAAAAUAAUUCAGGAAGAAUCACACACAAUGCAAACGACACUCUGAUCGCGAGCGGAAGUCCUAUACGUUGUUUGCAAAUAAUAAUAAGACAUGUUAUGGGUUUGUUUACCCACGCGACAAAACAGGAUGUGGAGCAACAUAAACAAUGUACCAGUACCAGGUUUAUAUGAUCAUGAAAUGUCCUUUUAAUUGUAA